UGACAAUGAAGCCUUUUACUGCAUAUCCUUCUGGGUUUAUCGUAUUCCUGUUUGCCUUGCUGCAGAGGAGCCAUGGGCAAUGCAAAGAAGCAGCUAAAAAAUCAGAGAUGAAUCUUGGUGUAAAAUAUGAUCUUCCUAACUUCAUUGCAGACACACCAAUUCAGAAUGUAGUUUUAUACAAGCAUCAUAUUUAUAUUGGAGCAGUCAAUAAGAUUUACGUACUAAACGAAACUCUCCAGAACAUUUCUGUGUACAAGACUGGGCCUGUUUUGGAGAACCCUGACUGUGCACCAUGUGAAGACUGCCGAGAUAAAGCCAAUUUAUCUAACAGCAUAUGGAAGGAUAACGUCAACAUGGCACUGCUUUUAGAAACUUAUUAUGAUGAUCAACUCAUUAGCUGUGGUAGUGUGUCCGGAGGCAUCUGCCACCGUCACAUCAUUCACCCUGACAACCCUGCUGACAUUGAAAGCGAGGUGCACUGCAUGUACUCACCCCAGGCAGAUGGAGAAGCAGAUAACUGUCCUGAUUGUGUUGUUAGCACUUUAGGAACCAAAGUUUUGGUGACUGAAAAGGACAGGUUUGUCAACUUUUUUGUUGGAAAUACUGUGACAUCUACAUUUCAACCUCCCCAUGUGCUGCAUUCAGUAUCGGUUAGAAGAUUAAAAGAAACGCAGGACGGUUUUGAGUUUCUCACAGAUCAGUCUUAUAUAGAUAUCCUCCCUCAGUUCCGUGACUCGUAUCCUAUUAGGUAUGUCCAUGCCUUUGAAAAUGAUCACUUUGUCUAUUUUUUGACUGUACAGAGAGAAACUCUUGACUCACAAUCUUUUCACACUAGAAUUAUCCGCUUCUGCACUUUAGACUCAGAGAUGCGUUCCUACAUGGAAAUGCCUCUUGAGUGCAUUUUUACUGAAAAGCGAAGGAAGAGGUCCAUCCGAAAGGAGGUAUUCAACAUUUUGCAAGCUGCCUACGUAAGCAAGCCUGGUGCAGCUCUAGCACACGAAAUGGGCCUUGGGCUCAACGAUGAUAUCCUCUAUGGUGUUUUUGCACAAAGCAAACCAGACUCUUCUGAACCAACCAACCGAUCUGCUGUCUGCGCCGUCUCUGUGCGAACCAUCAAUGAGUUCUUCAACAAGAUUGUUGACAAGCAGAACAUGAAAUGCCUCCAACACUUUUAUGGGAAAGAGAGCAAAUACUGCUUGAACAGGGCUUUUUCAAGAAAUGCUUCGUACUGCAGAGCACAAGAUGAUGAAUAUCGCUUAGAAGUUACGACUCCUCUGCAGAGGGUUGACUUGUUCAUGGGCCAGUUCAACAGUGUCCUGUUGACUUCGAUAUCCGUCUUCACCAAAGGGAACCUUACCAUUGCUAACCUGGGAACUUCAGAGGGCCGCUUCAUGCAGAUAGUGGUUUCCCGUUCAGAAUCCACAACUCCACAUGUCAGCUUUCAGCUAGACUCCCACCCCAUCUCUCCCCAGGUUGUUGUCAAGAAUUCAUUAGCAGAUGAUGGCUAUACCCUGGUAGUGACUGGGAAAAAGAUAACAAAGAUCCCUCUGAAGGGGCCAGGCUGCCAUCACUUCAGGUCCUGCAGCCAGUGCCUGCUGGCACCAGCCUUCAUGCAGUGUGGCUGGUGCAGCCAGCAGUGCCUCAGGUCUUCUGAGUGCCCCAGCAGCACCUGGACCCAGGACACCUGCUUGCCUAGGGUUUAUGAGAUUCUCCCAAGCAGCGCUCCCAUAGAAGGCGGGACAAAAUUGACACUGUGUGGAUGGGACUUUGGAUUCAGCAAAAAUAAUAGAUUUGAAUUAAAAAAUACUGUAGUCCAUAUUGGAGGACAAAUUUGUCCUCUAGAAGCAAAAUCUAGCAACAAAAAUAGGCUGGAAUGCACAGUUCCUGCUGCAAAAAGUCCAAGAUUUAAUAUAUCCAGUAGUGUCUCUGUUGGACAUGGCAAAACACUAUUCAAUACAUUUUCAUACGUGAAUCCUGUAAUAACAAAUAUAUCUCCCACCUAUGGCCCCAAAUCUGGAGGAACAUUGCUGACUGUAGCUGGAAAAUACCUAGACAGUGGGAAAUCCAUGAGGAUUUUUGUUGGGGAGCAGCCAUGCACUUUGAAAAGUCCUCCCAGCAUAUCGGCGAGCACUGUGGAGUGCUACACUCCAGCACAGCAGAUUCCCCAGGAAUAUCGUGUGAGAAUGGAAAUCGAUGAAGCUAUUCGAGACACAAGCAGCCAUUUCACAUACAGAGAAGACCCAGUUGUUUUAAAAAUUCAUCCAGCCAAAUCUUUUCUUAGUGGUGGAAGUACAAUCACAGCUCAGGGAAUCAACUUGAACUCAGUGUGCUUUCCUCAGAUGGUGAUUACUGUACCUAAACUAGGAAUGAACUUCUCUGUGGCGUGUAGCCACCGCUCUAGCUCAGAGAUAAUCUGCUGUACAACACCUUCACUGAAAGAUUUCAAUCUCCAACCACCCUUUGUGACCAAAGUGUUCUUUAUUUUUGAUGGUGUCAGCUCCCUGUACUUUGAUUUUGAUUACGUAAAUAAUCCUGUAUUUAAGCAUUUUGAAAAGACAGUGUUCAUCUCAAGAGGCAACCAAAAUGUUCUGGAAAUUAAGUGGAAGCAAGAAGUUUUGUCAACAGUUAUCGGAAAAGUGCUGAUCCGGCAAGAUCAGAAUUUCACGGGACUAAUUGCUGGAAUUCUUUCAACAUCAAUCUUAAUUUUUAUUUUUUUGGUGGUUUUCUUCUGGAGAAGGAAGAAGAAACAAAUCAAAGAUCUGGGAAGUGACCUAGUUCGUUAUGAUGGCAGAGUGCACACUCCUCACCUGGACAGGCUGGUGAGUGCAAGGAGUGUAAGUCCAACAACAGAAAUGGUUUCAAGCGAAUCUGUAGACUACAGAUCAACUUUUCUAGAAGAUCAGUUUCCAAGCAUGUCUCAGAAUGGAUCAUGCAGACCUGCCCAGUAUCCUCACUCUGACCUCUCCCCGAUUCUGUCUAGUGGAGACUCAGAUUUAGCCAGUCCACUUCUCCAAAGUAAUGUCCACAUAGACAUCAGUGCCUUAAAUCCUGACCUGGUCAAAGAAGUGCAGCACGUGGUUAUUGGUGCCGACAGUCUGAUCGUUCACUUCAGUGAAGUAAUAGGAAGAGGACAUUUUGGCUGUGUGUACCAUGGGACAUUGCUGGAUAACGAUAGCAGGAAAAUUCAUUGUGCUGUGAAGUCACUGAAUAGGAUUACAGACCUGGAAGAAGUAGCUCAGUUUCUGAAAGAAGGAAUAAUCAUGAAAGAUUUCACUCAUCCCAAUGUUCUGUCACUCCUGGGAAUCUGUUUGCCCAAUGAAGGAUCCCCAUUAGUUGUUCUUCCAUACAUGAAACAUGGAGAUCUUCGAAACUUCAUUAGGAAUGAGACUCAUAAUCCAACAGUAAAAGAUUUAAUUGGAUUUGGCCUUCAGGUUGCAAAAGGAAUGAAAUACCUUGCAAGUAAAAAGUUUGUCCAUAGAGAUUUGGCAGCAAGAAACUGUAUGUUGGAUGAAAAAUUCACUGUCAAGGUUGCUGAUUUUGGUCUUGCUAGAGAUGUCUAUGAUAAAGAGUACUACAGUGUGCACAAUAAAACAGGAGCUAAACUGCCAGUGAAAUGGAUGGCUUUAGAAAGUUUACAAACUCAGAAGUUUACAACAAAGUCAGAUGUGUGGUCCUUUGGUGUAUUGUUAUGGGAACUUAUGACACGAGGGGCACCACCUUAUCCUGAUGUAAAUUCUUUUGAUAUAACUGUUUACUUACUACAAGGAAGAAGGCUGCUGCAACCUGAAUACUGCCCGGAUCCACUGUAUGAAGUCAUGCUGAAGUGCUGGCAUCCGAAACCUGAGAUGCGUCCAGCAUUUUCUGAACUUGUUUCAAAAAUAUCAACAAUCUUCUCCACUUUUAUUGGGGAACACUAUGUUCAUGUCAAUGCUACUUAUGUCAAUGUCAAGUGCAUUGCUCCUUAUCCUUCUCUUCUGUCGUCACAAGACAACACAGAUGUGGAUGUUGACACAUGACGGUCUUCAAUGGCAACAUUUCUUCCCACACCUCUUGAAAGGAUGGACAACAGGAUGAGGACUGGGAGAGCAAAGCCCAUCCCACUGUAAGCAAAGACCAGGUUCAUAACCACCCAGGGAACCUGAAUGUGCACAAGUCUAUGGGACCUGAUGAAAUGUAUCCCAGAGUCCUGAAGGAACUGGCUGAUGCAGUUGCCAAGCUGCUCUCUAUGAUAUUCAAAAAGUCACAGCAGUCAGGGAAAGUCCCAGGUGACUGGAAAAAUGGGAACAGUGUACCUAUCUUAAAGAAGAGAACAGAGAACAACCCUGGGAACUACCAACCUGUCAGCCUCACCUCUGUGCCUGGGAAGGUCAUGGAACAGAUCCUCCUAGAAGGCACAGAAAGGACAGGGUGAUCCUUCACCAGGAUUCAAGACACCAGCACAGUUUCUCCAAGGGCAAAUCCUUCCUGGCCAACCUAGUGGCCUUCUAUGAUGGAGUGACUACAACAGUGGACAAGUAGAGGUGUACAGAUGUCAUUUAUCUGGGCUUCUCUAAAGUUUUGCCCCCCACAACCUAAAGAAAUGGCUUUAGGCCUUCUUUUUACUCUCUUCUUGGAUCACACAACCCAGUGAAUUAUCUACUCUUAAUGCUAAGUUAUGACCAGAGAAGCAAUUUUGAAAAGAGAUAGUAAAUAAAACUUCUAUUCAUUAGGGAAGAGUACUAUAACUGUAGGGCAAACAUCACAUGUCAUUUCUGUUCCUGUGGAAUUCUGUGCAUACUACUGUAUAGUUUGUUUAGAAUAGGAUAAAACUGGGUUUGCUGGUGUAAACACAUAAAGUAUUCUAUUUUUAUAUUAAAAAAAAAAGUUUAUUUUUAAUGACAUUUACAAAGUUUGGUUAGGCCACAAAAUACUGCACUGUGAACAUUUCAGAAAACAUAUGUCAAUGUACAUGAUUAAAACUGUAGCAACCUUAAGAAAUACUGUGUAAAUAUUAAAAAGGAAAAGAACUGACUGUAAACACACUCCACCCUAAGUAUAAUAUCUCCAUUGCUGCAGGCCAACCAUUUUAAGAUCUUCAAAGAGAGGUAAUACAGAUAAAGAACUGAUAUAAGGGAGAUAUAUUGUUCUUAGGAGAGUGUAUUAUAACUGAAAGAUUUAUAAUGAGGGCACAGUGUGUAGGCAAGCUAUGAGCAGAUAAUAUUGUAUUGUGUUUCAUCACCACUUUCAUUUCAGAAAUGAACUUUCAUGUCUGCUGAGAGUGAUACUAAUUGUAGAUUGCUCAAGGACAAAAGGUUUUGCUGCAGGCAAAAAAGAAUCAUCUCUAUGGUUGUUAAAACAGCUAAGGAAGUUAAUGACACAUAGAUUUGGAGAAGUUACUCCAAACUUGUACGUACAUGCUUAAGGAAUGCUGCAAUGUGAAACAGAGGACAUUUUUACUGUUUGUGAACUUUUGCUUAAUAAAGUUAAUGUUGUGUCUGGGACACCUGUAAGAAUAUGUGAUUCUGGUAAAGAUUUGAUGUUAGCAAGUUCAUAUAUCAGCAAAGAGCUGAAUGGUACUUAUGUUUAUAGUUGUUGUCAUGACCGAAUAAACAUGUUAUUAAAAUGAA